CUGCACUCACCUGGGAGGGGGAAACUUGCGUUGUGUGUGGGUUACCGUCGAUACUGAAUUCGAAAUAGUUUGCCGAGAUUGAGCGGUGAGUUGAGCACUCGUACUGUUCGCACACCAGCGGAAUCGGUUGUCGUCUUUUCUCAAACACGAAUGAAGAGGAAGCCAGACAUUUUUAAAAAAUGACUCUCUAUUUUUAAAAAAUCGAACAAAAGAGGGCGAUGGAGCGAAGUUCAGUACUCAAAAAGUUCUUGCGCGCUGCAGCAACUGGUUUCAAUUACUGCAUCGCAACUCUCAAAUACCUUUUGCCAUUCGAACAAUUUUCGUUGUAUCGAUAGUAUGAAGUAACCGUACGGUGGUAUGUUGAAGACAUGAUCAAGCUUUUUUAUCCGCGACCACUUUUCCAACUUUCAUUGUCGCCAUCAUCUGCACGGUAGAAGAACUCAUCCACGUCACCAUCUCCAACGAAUCUUAUGGUGCUCGGACCUCAAAUUAUUUAAGCUGCCCGUGCGUGCAUUAGUGCCCAACUACCUUACGGUACAGUACAGUAAUGAACUUUCAUUCUCAUCUCUUGCGAGUGAAUUUUUGUACCGUGCGAUACAACGAUUUUUCGUUUCAAAACUCGCACUUUCGUGCCGCUUUUCACCAGAUACGGGAACCUACCGGUAGCGUCCGUACUAUUUCCAUGAACUUCUAACAAAAAAUGUUGGGACUGGCUAUUUUUUUUAAUUACUGAAUUGUCAAUAAUCGUAACUACCGUGAAUCAAAACACUCAAUAAAGCGCUUGCGAUUACGGUACCGGUACUUCCGAAUACAACCACUGACGCGAUUAGAAUUUCGUUGUGGCAAACCAUUGAAGACGAAAAAUCCUCCUCUCUUUCUGUCUCGAACCAAUUGAGAAAUAUCCUAUUUCGCCGACCUUCUGUAGUUUUCACCGAUUCGUGGUCGCAUCAACAAGCAAACCUGAGCUACGGAUAACAUACCGUAGAUCGAUAGCCCCCAUCAUCAACAACGACAACAACAAAACACAUCGGCAAUGUCACCAUCUACCAUUUCGAUGACAUCCUCUUCUCUAUCGCCAACCAUUGUGACAUUCUUGCUGCUGGGCUUGCUCGCAGCGUUGCCGGCGGCAAAUGCCUUCCAGACAGCAGAAAAAACCGUUUCCACGCCCUUGACCAACAAGAAGAAGGAUAUCCGGCUUGCCGAAAUCCCCACUCCGGUACAGUGGCCUCUGAUCGGAAACCUCCCGGACUUCUUGAGUCGGGGCGGGGUCGAUGGGUACGCGGAGGUCCACGAGAGCAUGUACAGGGACUAUGGCGAGGUCUAUGGCUCGAACCUUGGAGGGGGCAAUACGAUGCUGGUUGUCGCCGAUCCGAACGUCUACGACCAGGUGCUUCGAAGGGAGGGAACCCUCCCAAGGGGAGGCGCGGAAAUGGUCACUACCUUCACCGACUACUAUAAGGAGAACGAGCUGGAACUCCCCCUGAAGAGCAUUAGCGCCGGCCCCGGCUGGAGGGAGUGGCGUUCCGCUCUCAACCCCGACCUGUACGUGCUCUGGGACACGUACCUGCCAGCGAUCGCCAAGAGCUGCUCCGAGAUUUCGAGCGUGGCGGGGACGGAAAUGUCGAGGAAGAACCUUAGCUUUCACACCUUCGUCUCGCGUGCGGCCUUUGACAUGUUCUCGGCGGUCCUGUUCGGGGAAUCCCCCAGGACGACGGACACCUCGAACGCCAGGCCGGAGGACGUCGAAUUCGUGAAAGCCACUCAGACGGCAUUCGAGGCCACUGGCAAACUCAUGACGAAUCCGAUGGAAAAGUACUCGUGGUUUCCAUCCGAAGGCGACAAUCUGUACGAAAUAUUUGUCAAAAACAUGGACCUCGUCUUCAACAUUGGGAAGGACCGCUGCACAAAAUUCGCAAACGAUGCGCUGAGCUUGCAGCAAGAGGCGGCCAAAGCAAAGGAAUCCGAAGCGAACGGCAGUGGUAUCGGCAGCGAGACCGGAUCACUGGCCAGCGAAGCGAGCAACGGAUGUCCGGUGACGGCCCUCAAAUCCACCAUCCAGUCCGCAAAGCCCCGGAUGUCGCUGGGCCGCAACAAGGUCGUCCCUACCAGCUUUGGUGAAACCAAUCCUUCUCUAAUCGAAAGACUCGUAGACCGUGGGGUCUUUGGCGACGAAAACGAUGAAACGGCAACCAAAAGGAUCGACACGAUUGGGGACGUUGCUGCCCCCCUGCUCAUGGCCGGUGUCGAUACGACGGCCUACGUGAUGGGCUGGUUCUAUCUGAACCUGGCGUCCAACCCCGACGUCCAGACUAGGCUGGCGAUCGAGCUCCGAGAGACACUGGGCGGAGCCGACGUGGUCACCGUGGAACAGCUCGAGUCUCUUACGUACCUGAAGGCAUGCUUCCGGGAAUCCCACAGGUUGACCCCAUCGAAUCCUCUCCUCACGAAGAAGCUCAAAGAGGACAUCGAUCUAGUGGUAACGAACGGCAACAACGGAUCGCCCGACAAGGCCUACCGUGCUCCGGCAGGGGAGAACAUCUGCCUCAACCUGCGGGGAAUUCCGAUGGACCCAAAGUACGUGGAAAACCCUAUGGUCUUUUCGCCCGAGCGUUUCCUACCGGAAGCAGUGUCUGCCCGCAAAGGGACCCCAUCCGAGGUUAUUGACCACCCUUAUUUUUCGGAUCCCUUUGGCAGGGGGAAGCGGAGGUGUAUCGGUGCGAACGUGGCGGUGGCCGAGAUGCUCGUUCUUGCGGCGCGGCUGGUACAGGACUGGGAAAUCCGAUUGGUCGACCCUUCGGAGGCGACGACCAGCCCGACGAAGAAAUGGAAGCCCAAGCAGAAGCUCAUGCUCCUGGCCGAUCCGUACCCCGACAUGGUCCUGGUACCGAGGACCAAAGCUUAACAACGGAAUCGAACCAUGUGGACAGACGCGACAACAUGUACAUAAAUGCAAACCAAAUGAAAGUCGGAGCAAAGCUCGAAAGCAUUGAAGUAGAUUCAGUAAUACUACGAUAUAAAUGACAGUUUGGAGUACAACAAUAAUUAUGUAAUAUGAUAAUUAAUGGUAAGGCAGAGAGGCGCGUUAUGGUGUAAACUGUGAAGCGCAUCACGAAGACUCAUUGUUGCGCGAAUUCGUUGGUUCCGAUCACGGCUUCGGAAUAAUUCGGGACUUUAUUGCAUAUAAUGAUGGCUAAUAGUACGGGAGAGAGGCACAUAAUGGUAUAAACUAUAAAUUGCAGCGCGAAAGAUCCCCAUCGAUUCAUUGAGGGAGGACACAAUGUCUCUCAUCGAGGGAAACCAACUUUGCGCUGCUGGUUCGUUGGUUCCGAUCACGACUUCGGAACAAAUCGGGGACGCAUCAUUGCAAACCUUGCUGACUUCGUUGUGGACCUGGGAAGGACACGGGCGACUCGCGUGCCAAAUACAGAGCCUUGCUCUGUCUGUCCAAAUAACGCUUGAUCGAGUCGUUGGAACAAAAGAGGCGUUUACUUGCUGGUUUCGUCCUCGUCGAGGAAUUGCACCAGAGAGUCGGCCGCUACCUGGCAGGUAUCCUCGAUGGAACGAUACUUUCCAAUGCCAAGAACCGUUUCGGCCUUGGAGCCAUCAAAAUUAUAGACGUUUCCGUAGCAUUUCCAAAUCUCCUUCCAGCCCAGUGGCUUUCUCAGGAAUGGAAGUUUUUCGCCAAGCCACGUUAGUGCCUUAAAGAGAGGCAUAAAGACACUUCCCGCGGCGCCCUUGGCCUCGGGAUGGGAUUUCUUCACGAUGGCGUUUAGGUUGAGCGAGUCCAUAGUGACAGAAGAGAGGAUGAAACGCUUACCUCCAACUACCUCCUUGUCCUGGGUCAAGGCUAGAACUAUUGCCUUUGAAACAUCCCUCGCGUCAACAAACGGCAUGGGUCCGUUUCCAAUCGGAUUUCCGGCCAAGACGUUAUAAAUAAAAGAUGUGGAGCUGGUCACGGCGUGCGAUUUGGUGAAGGCCUUUCCCAAUACAACUCCCGGAUUCAGAGAAACAACGGUGUCCACGGCGGAGAUCAGAUCGGCGUCGUCCCACACCGCUUUCUCGGCCAUGGUUUUGGCGUAUCCGUAGGUAUCUCCCCGUUCCGGUGUGCCCCACUCGUUCCAGUCCUCGUCGACGAAGACGUGCCCGGCCGGCUUGUCGCCGGAAAAGACGGCUGCAACGGAGGAAAUAUUGACGAAUCGCUGGAUGGUGUUCGCGUGCUUCUUCACAGACGCCGUCACGUUCUUGGUUCCCUCCACCGCCGGCUUGACAACCAGAUCGGGAUCCGUGUUGCUGUCCAUGUUUACGAUUGCUGCCGUGUGGACCACCCCCCACGUUCCUUCGAGGGCGUCGUCGUAGCUGCCUUCCUUGAAGAGAUCCCCGGCAGCAAAGGACAAGAGCUCCUUCUUGCCGAGUUUCGAGGCUUCUUCCUCGAGGAAUUUCGUCUUGGUGGGAUUGGAGGGAUCGCGAACGAUGGCUAUCACGGAGAAGCCGGCCUCCAAAAGGGCCACCACGCAGUGGGUACCGAUGAAUCCGUUGGCGCCGGUGACCGCGAUUUUCUUUUGUGC